AUAUUCGUUAAAUCUCGUAUUUCCAUGAUAACGCGCAGAUGUGACUUAAAACAUACACCAGAAAUGUCACCAUGGAUUAUACUUAGGUUUAAGGUAGCUGCAUGCAUUGUUGACCAUCUACACAUCGCACUGGAGUGCCGGGUUACAACUGCAGGCCAGAUUAUUCCCCAGGGUCCACUUCAUACUUUUAUCGAUUCCAUUAGAAGCUAUAGGAUAUCGGCUACAAAAUCUUUCUGUGGACAAGCUAGUGUAUCAGCUGAGCCAACGUGAGAACUGUUCUUCAUUCACAUUGCUCAACGUAUGGAAGAAAGGGUUGACAUAUUGGAUAAAAAAGUUUACACGUGACAAGCAGAGUGAUCAAUAUCUUUAUUAGAUCAGGCAAAUAUAAAGAAAAUGACUUGGACUUUUGUAUUAUUAUAUAGCUGCUGUUAGCACAGUAACUCUGUGUGGACCCUGAAGCAUGGAUUAGCGCCGACAACGUAAAGAGAUAGACACGAUGGAUCACAGCGAGCAAUUCUUGUCACCAAACGCCUUGGAAGAAGAAUCGGGACGUCACACGAGGUCCAGAUCCUUCAAGGGCAGACCUCGGCCAAAGGAGCACGAGGAACACGAAUUCCGCCCCCGGAGGAACAGCAUGCCCUCUCACCCCCACCCACGCCGCGGGGCGUCCCCGGCCCCCGUUACUGACCCGACUGAGGGCGAGGAAUCGUCUUUGUGUCGAGUCAGAUCUUUCAAGACUACGUCAAAGGGUGGGAUUGUGAACCGAGGGGACAGUGUUAAACGGAAGGCCCAGAAGGACCACAUUCACGUGCAUCCCACAAAUAGUGUUCCACAGGAUGCCGAGGCCAGGCGUGCCCCGGGGGUAAGGCAUGCUUCCUCCUCGGAUAUAGAGUGUAAAUACCAAAAUGAGGAAAACGAGAACGAGGUUUUUACCGUUGUUGUUUUGGGGCCCGCUGGUGUUGGCAAAACUCUCCUGACGACGCAGUUUAUGACGUCAGAGUACAUCGGAACAUCAUCUGAUGGCGAUGGAGGGGACAGGACGGUGACCGUACAACUGGACGGUAAGGAGAACACCAUCCGGUUCAUUGACCCCUCCAGAGACGGGGAAGAUGUGAGCGAAGAUGACAUUGACGCUUACAUCGUUGUCUUCUCGGUCAACGACAGAGAGACGUUUGAAAUGGCGGUGGAAAUUUUGUUCCAAAUACGCCACGAGCUCUGCUCGGAGAAAGCAGUCAUUCUGGUCGCAAACAAAAUUGAUAUUGUCCGGAAGAGGGUGAUUUCCUCAGACGAAGCCAGGGCCGCGGCGAAUCAGUACGACUCAAAGUACGCCGAGACAUCAGCGGCCCUCAACCAUCACGUGGACGAACUCUUGGUGGGCGUACUGAGCCAGAUCAGGCUAAAACACGACCCAGGGGCCGUGGAGGAGCACGAGGCGCACAAAACCCACAAGGAGCACCGGAAGGGCUCCUUUAGAAUUGCCAAAGGAAUUCUGACAAAACUCUUCCGAAAACACAGCAAAAAAGACAAGUCGUGCGAGAACCUGUACGAGUUGUGACGUCAUGGUUGUUCUGUAUGCAUAUUUGAAAGACUAUGAUUUUUAUGAUUGUGCAUAUUUGUUUAUGUAUUUUUUUAAUUUAUCUAAGUUCUAUAUAUUUAAAAUUAUUUGUUCUUGAUAUUAAACAUAUGAAUCUACAUGUACAGAUAUGCAUGCAACUAGAAUUAUCAGGUUGUAUCUCUUAAAUUCAUAUAUUGUAUUACAUAACUGGUGUAUGAUAAGGACUUUGUUAUAACGGGUUUCAAUAGUCCAUAGAUAGUAGCUGGUACCAUCAUUUGACAGACGGAAAAUUACACACUGUAAGUUAAUUUUGUAGAUACUAAUCCUGUUGUCUAAAAAACAUAAAAACUACCAUAAUGAAAUAUAAUGUUGUGAUCACGAUAUAAUGUUUGAUAGACGGUUUUCUCGUAAUCUAAUACUGUUAUAUAACUGAAGCAAAAUAUUCAAACCAAUCUUGCCGAUAUAUUCAGUUUCGGAAACUUCAGUGCUGUACGGUCAAGACUUAUGAAAUACACAUUCUUAUGACGUCAAAAAUCAUUUUGCUGAAAUGCGCACAAUAACCGAUUUUAAACUAUAUGCGAUGUUUGUAAUAGAUAUGGAUAUCUAUUUGAAAUAUGUGCAUAUUGCAAAGGCCAUGGAGAUGAUACAUAGACAAAAUUAUGGCUGACUUAGUUUCAUCUGGACGUUGCCUUCAAGAAACAUAGACAUUAUACAACAGUGCACUUUCCUUUCAGAUUUUUCCGUUGUGUGUUGCGAGCUCUGUUGGAAAAACCCGUAAAGUUGUAUUCAACACAUAUUGUUAUACAGUACCAGUGGUAGGCAUCCUCGGUCAUAUCUCCAAAACUUCACCUCAGUCCUUGAUACUUGUACUUGCCAAUAAAAUAUAUCAAAUACCA